AUGACAGGUUUGCUGAUGACCGGAAGCUCGAGGCCUCCCGAGCGACGUCACAAUCCCCAAAAAAAAUACGCGAGCGCCAAACGCGCCUCUCCAACACCAGCCAGAACAACGACAUCCAUGCCUUGGAAGUCGAUGGAGGAUCCAAAGCCAAGAGGGCGCUCCGGCCUCAUCGCCAGAGCUGUCGAUACAGCCCUCCUCCCCGUCCACGCCGCCGCCUCCAAGCCCGCCCAGCGAGCCUACCUCGGCACCUUCCUCUUCGCCGCGACGAGCAUCCUGCUCUUCUGCGUCUCGAGCGUAGCUUACACGCUGUUUUACUACAACUAUGUGCCGCAGAAUAGCGUGGAGCGGGUGGUGCAUUUGCAGUUCGGGUGCGUUUGUCUCCGUGGUGUUUCUUGGGCGGAGGUGCUUGUUGAUACAGAUGCUAAUACCGAUACUGUGGAGUGUAGGGAUGGUCAUCCCCACGGCACAGCCCACCUCUCUACAUCCCUGACAUCGCUCCAACCCUACGACAUAACCCUCAGCCUCCACCUGCCCCGGACCCCCUCGAACCUCGCCGCCGGAAACUUCAUGCUCGACCUCUCCCUCCUCGGCCCUUCUACGACCGGCACUCCCUCCUCGAUCCUCCCUUCCUCCCUCUCCUCCACCACCAAUACGACCACCACGAUCGCCCGCUCCCGCCGCCCCGCAAUCCUAACCUACACCUCUGCAGUCGUCGAGACUGCAAACACCCUCAGCGGACUACCAUGGUAUAUCCUGGGCUGGAAGUCCGAGAGCGAAGUGCUCUCGGUCAGUAUGUUCGAAGGCGUCGAAUUCGCAAAAGGUUGGGCGAAUGUGCCGCAGAGCGUGCGCGUGGUGGUGGAGGCGGAUGAGAAGAUGCAAUUCUAUGAAGUGGGGGUGCGAAUCAUUGCGAAGUUGGGCGGGUUGAGAUGGGUACUGUACCACCAUCGUGUCCUAUCGUUUCUAUUCUUCACCACAGCGUUUUGGAGCAGUUCGAUGAUCUCGAUGGCGCUGGCGUGGUUUGCUAUUUCGACGUAUCUUGGGUCGCCGACGACUGUAAAGACGGAGCCGGAGACCAACGGCACCAUUUUCAAGCGAGAGCGCUCAGACUCGGACGCAUUUGAUCCGACGUCAAUGGAGGAUCUUUCCGACACGUCAAGGACGUUCCCUACGCUUGGCCGACAGAUCCCAUUGCAUUUCACUGGACGCAAGGACGUCAAGAAGGAAGAGGAGAUCAAGAGGGAGGAAGACGAAGUCUUGAGAUCAACGGCAGUCCAGCCAUUAGCUGCUGAAGCAGACGAUGAAGACGACGACAUGUCGCAGGAGACAAGCGGUUUCAGAGACUCGGGAAUUGGGACCGGUCUUGAUGAUGAAAGGUUGGCAAGUGUUCAGCGACGGCGUAGAGCAUUGAUGAAUGGAAAGGACAGUGGAGCUUGA